UCAUACAAAAGAGCUGCACAAUUAGGGUGUAGGCACGCCUUAAUAGGGUACGAAUUUUUUUUAAGACUGUAUGAGUAUUUCUCUAGGGUUAAAUAAUCUUGUUAUAAUUAAUGAUACAUACCAUAUAGAGUUCUCUACAUAUGGAGGGUCUUUUUGCCUUUGAGGUGGAGCUUCAUGCAAUUCUUACGUUGUUGCUAAAGCUUUUGAAUUAGAUUGGCAGUUUGUUUGGCUUGAAAGUGGUUCACUUGAUGUUGUUAAUCUUUUACGCUGAUUGUGAUGUUCUAUAGAAAUUAUGUCAGCUUGGAGUAAAUGUUUCACCCACUGGCCUUCCUCAUUCCUUUUCAGUAUCAGUAAUUAGCUUUACAAAAAAAUGAUAAGUCCUAAUUUUAUAAGACUGUAUGAGUAUUUCUCUAGGGCUAAAAAUCAGGCUGUUCCUAAAGCACCCAGUGUUUUUGAAACAGGAUAUUUUCCUACGGAACUUAAUAACGUGAACGAAUCAGAAUUUGCUUCAGGUUCACCUCCUAAACCAUUGCUAAUUGCCAGACCAACUGUAGCUGGAAAAUACCCUGCCAUUCUGUUUAUCCAUGGUACCUGCCUCGUAAACUCGUUCUACAGUGACCUCCUUGACCAUGUGGCUUCUCAUGGAUUUAUCGUUGUGGCUCCUCAGAUAUAUACUUGUACAGUCUUUGGUGCAAUACCUGUAAUGCCUAUAGACGGACAGAAAGAAGUAGACUUGUCAACAGAAGUUGCAAACUGGUUACCUUCAGGUCUAAAAUCAGUGCUAAAUGGAGGUGUUCAAGCAAACCUUGACAAGCUUGCUAUUUCAGGCCACAGUAGAGGAGGAAAGACAGCAUUUGCGAUCCAAUUUGGAUAUUCUACAGAUGCUCUAACAACAAAAUUCUCUGCACUAGUGGGUCUAGACCCAGUAGCAGGACAUAGUAAAGAAAGCAGAACCGAUCCCAAAGUUCUCACUUACGCUCCUCACUCUUUCAACUUAUCAAUUCCAGUUUCCGUAAUUGGUACUGGAUUGGGUAGCCAGCCACAAACGCUUUUUGCCUGUGCGCCAGAUGGAGUGAACCAUGCUGAGUUUUACAACGAGUGCAGACCUCCUGCUAACCACUUUGUGGCUACAGAUUAUGGCCAUAUGGACAUGUUAAAUGAUGAUUUAUCAGGUUUGAUGGGUAUUAUGGCAAAGAUCCUGUGCAAGAAUAGCAACAAACCUAAGGAUCCGAUGAGGAAAACAGUAGGUGGGAUCAUUGUGGCAUUUCUGAAGGCUUAUUUCUAUGGGAACAGUAGAGACUACAAUACCAUUUUGCAAGAUCCUUCUGUUUCUCCUGCUACGCUUUGUCCCGUCGAAUCCAUGAAAGCAAAAUACCUAGCUCAAGCUUCAAUCUGA